CUAUUUUCUUUAUUAUCUGUAGUCAUUGUUUGUGUCUUGCGGCGUGCGUUCGUGUCGGAGAAAAAUGUCGAAUAAAAAGAGUAAAGAAAUAGAAGUUCACGAUAGUGAAAGUGAAGAAGAACAGCCAUCCGGCGAUGAAAAGGAUCCAGACUUUGAUUCCGAUGGAAACUACAUCGGUGAUAAGGAGGAUUUGAUGGCUGACUUUGAAGGUCGUAAUCCUGAGGACUGCGACUUCCACGGCAUUAAGCAGCUGCUGCGUCAAUUGUUCCUCAAGGCUAAUGUAGACUUGGGUGGCCUUGCACAAAUCAUUAUCUCUCAAAACUAUGUGGGUAGUGUGGUGAAACAAUGCCUCGAUGAUGGUCUCGAUGACUUGGAUGAUGAUGAGGAUGAUGGCAGCGAUGGUGUGUUUGGUGUCACCACAAUCAUCAAUAUUACUAAGAGAAAAGAAGAACAGUGCAUACAACAAAUUAGAACACUGCUCACUACACUAGCAGACGAAAAUGCAGAUGAUAAGACGAAAGCUCUUAUCAAGAACAUAUUGUCAAAUGAUCAGCAACAUGUGGGACUUGUCCUUAAUGAAAGGAUCCUUAACAUUCCAUCUGCGAUCAGCGUGCCCUUAUUUGCAUCACUCCAAAGUGAGAUAGAGAAAGCUGUACAGAAGAACAUGCCCUACACAUUCCAGUACAUCAUUUGGAUCUGUAAAACUUACUAUUCAGAAGAUGAACCUGGAGAAACAUUGUACGCCAAUAUGGAAGAGUCUAGACUAUCUGAAGAGGCCCUGGCUAGUUUUGACGUGAAUGUCACUGACCAAACGGAUCUGUCACAGUGGGACUACGAAGGAGGCACGCUCACACCAUUCAGAAAAAUCUUAAUAAUCGAGGGCAACAAAUUCAACGGCUUAGUGAGACAAAUGAAAGAAGAGGUGGAGCAUGCGGUGGGUGAACAGAAGGCCAACUAAACGAACUGCAACAACUACUGUAUAACCGUGCUUGUUGUAACGUGAUUUUUAUAUAUGCCAUUACAUUACGCUGUAAACGUAUUUAUAUAUUUUAUAAUUACAUUGUAAUUUUAGCUUAAGCUA